GUGAAAGGUAGCUACGGCAAGCAAAAGCGGACAGAAAGCGGCGCUGAAUAAACAUCAGCAGGAGAAGUUAAGUACUACACAACUGUGUCUGUACAAAUAGUACGAAUAUUUACCAUAAAGCGGUUUAUAUAGCAGUGUAAUGAGAUUUAAAGGAAGUUCUGGACAGCUCAGAUUACGGGUCUGGUUCCUGCUUUGGUCCAGCUGCAUGCUGUCUGUAUGGUCCCAUGGAGGACAGCAUGGAGAACCUGCCGGUUCAGAUCAAGUGCAUCCACCAAUCACCCGACUGGACAGAAACAUGGUUCAGGAUAAAGACCACAUAAUGGAGCACUUAGAAGGGGUGAUUGAAAAGCCAGAGUCGGACAUGACACCUCAAGAGCUGCAGCUUCACUACUUCAAGAUGCAUGACUAUGAUGGCAACAAUCUGCUGGAUGGACUUGAGCUUGCCACUGCCAUUACUCAUGUGCACAGGGAGGAAGGGGGAGAUGGUAGCCGGCCAAUGAGGGAAGAUGAUCUCAUUAACCUCAUUGAUGAUGUCCUCCGAGAUGACGAUAAAAACAACGAUGGCUACAUUGACUAUGCAGAGUUUGCAAGGUCUCUGGAGUAAAAGAAGACGGGAACAGCCACCGCCUUACUGUGAAUGCAGUUUACCUCUGAUGUACAAAUAAAUGGCACAUUCCUUCAUGUGUAUGCAGUUUGAUAGUCACAGUUUAUUCAUACUCUAGUGUAACCAGUUUAAACUAAUAAAAUGAAAGUGUCAGGGUCAUGUAGAGACAUGAGAGUGUUUUUUUUAUCAAUGUUGCACUCACAGCUGUACAUCUCUUGUCAGAAUGGACCCUUGAUACAUAAACUGCCAAUUUAUACACUGUCAACAAUCAGAUGUUCUGGUAAAUAAAUAAUACAUUAUUUGCAGUGACACUCUCAUGCAAAGCUUUUUGUUAAAUGAAGCUAAAUGGGACAUAAUUGCUGCUCUACUGAUGAAGGCAAACACAUGCGCUUUCUGCCUUAAAUGAAAAGGGCAUUAGUAAAUUCUAUUCAAAAUGAUCUGACAGUUUUGUGAGCUCCUAACAUCUGCCUAACUGAUUUUACCAAUCACUAUGCAAUGUGCCUGUUUGGAACUGUAAGGCAUGAUUGAAAUCUUUUGUUGCUGAUGUUACUUUGGUUGACUUUGAAACAGAUACCGGAGUAGAGCAUUGCACACAUUGGAAAUUUAUUUGAGUGGGUGUUUGGAAAUUCUUACGCAAGGAAAAGCUCAGGUUGAGAAACUGAUUUGCAGCUGGUUACAGGAGUUUACCCCCUUAGGAGAGGCCGAAUGUAAAUGCCAUAUUUUACACCAAUGUUAUUGGAAAAACUAUUCAUAAAAUGGCAGCAAGAAUGGUGUUUGACAUACAGCACAGUACAUUUAUUUUUACCAAAUCUGGAAAAAAUACUGAUGACUGAAUAGAAAUGUUAUUAAAACCGCACAUAUACUCCAUUGUACAUUUGAUUUGUUCUGCUAUCAUUUGUUUUUCAUGUUUAUGUUCCUUAAAGCCCUUAUUUAAACAUGUCAACAACAUGUUCAGUGUGAAUUGAAUCUAGAGUAUUUCAUAAUAAGCCACUACAAAAUGGUUAAUGUUUUGAAAAAUAAUUUAAAUGAAUCAUUAUUUUGUGUAGGUAGACAUGGCAAUAAUUGAGAAAACAUGUUCUGUGUUUGCAGCUAUAAUAAAAACAGAAAAUGUCAA